GUGGUUUUUUUUUUUUUUUUUGGGUUUGGGUCAAAUCUCGAAGAAAACCCCUCGUCUUUCGCAUCUCCUUCUGUUUCACCCACGCCACAAAAAACCAACUACACACCCAAAUCACCGACGGCGACGACCCACGGCCACGGCCGUGGCGAUUACUUUCGACAGCGGCGCAGUAGUUCCCGACAUACGGCGGCGGUGCUAACCUCCAUCGGCAGCCACUCGAAGAUCCAUGGCCUCUGACGCUUACUGUUACGGAUCCGGCGGUGCGAACGGAAGCUGGCCGAGACGUUAGUGUUCCAAACGGCAGUCACCUCCUGGGAACCCUGCAGACAAUUUUCAGAUUCGCCAACUCUGACGAACAGUCCGGUCAAUUUUCCCCUGUGAGUUAAGAAGAUUGUUGGAGGCAAAAUUGUGUAGCGAUGAAGGAGGACGGAGAUGAAUCAAAGAAAGAUGAAGAGAAUGUGGUAGGUUACCACAGCAACAACGUGAAGAAAGUUAGGUUAAAUUCAACUCUCGCUGCUCUGCUGGAUGAUCCUAUUCUCGCCGAUGUCCCCAAGAAUCCCACCCUAUCGCACGUCGACACUCUCAUCAGCCUUGAAUUGGGCAGCGCCAUGCGCAUCUCCGUCCUUAAGCUAGACGGCACCGCCAUUGACGUGCCGAUCAUGAAUUCCGCAACGUUGAAAGACUUGAAGCUUGCGAUCAAGAAGAAAGUAAACGAUAUGGAACAAUCCAAGAUGGGGCAUCGCCACAUUUCAUGGAAACAUGUGUGGGCAAAUUUUUGCUUAGCACACCACAACGAGAAGAUACUUGAUGAUAACUCUGUGCUUCAAGAUUUUGGAAUCCGUAACAAUUCUCAGGUGCAUUUUGUCCCAUACGUUAUGUCAAAGAACUCUCGAAGGCAUUCUAGGAGGAGAAAACACCGAUUUUUUCAUGGUCUCAACAAAUGCGCAUGAACAAGCAGAAUGCUUUGGAGGGUGAUUCUCUUAACACAAAUUCAGUAAGCUUGAGUUCGCACUACAGUUUUUGUACAAAUGUAUAGCUUGCAGUAUGAAUGUCUACAUGAUUAGCGAAUUCCUUUUUUUUUUUUUUUUAGACUGGGAAACCCAAAUCCUGCAAAUGCUCUGUUCAUUGUUUAUGUAUUGAACUCAUCUUAGUUUGUGAAGAAAUUUGGUUAAUCUCUGAUGUCACUGGGAAAUUGAAUCAAGCUAUUUCAUUCAUAACUGGAACAGACAAACAAACUUUGGAUUAAAA